AACAACAGAGCUGAUGCGUGUCGACAAAAAUGUCUAGUGACAGCCAAUGGGUGUCACAUCAAUUCGCUAACAAUUCGGGGGUCGCCUGCUUGUAAGUUGUUGACCUACGACGCGCAACAUACUACCAAACACCGUCCUUGGUCUCGCUCCCGUCCACCUCUUUAAUUCUUGCUAAGACACCUAAUCUGCCGCCAUGGUAGUAAGCCCUCUCUUUCUCGAGCCGGUAUCCUGUGCACCUGUGGAAACCCGCCUCGCAGCUAUACACGCUGCUCUAUCUGAAGGCUUCUCUCCCAACGAACUGGACCGGCGCCCCCGCGGUGUAGGCCGCCCACUAGACUGGGCGAUCGAGGAUGGCGCUGCCACCGAUUACGCCCAUCUCAAGCAAAACCUCCCAAUUGUCCAUCUACUCCUUGAGGCCGGAGCUGAUCCCAGGCUUCCUUCUAGGCAUCCUUUUGGCUGGUCGCCGAUUGAGUCCCUGGAGGCUUGGUUCAAGCAAUAUAAGAUCAGACCGCAGGACUUCCCACCGGAGGUUUUGGUGUUGAAAUCGUUCUACGAGAAGGCACUGGAAGCUAUGAAAAGGGUUGCCGAUGAGCUUGACACAAAAGAAGUCGCUGAAGCCGCCAGAGAAGCUCAGAAGGAGGGCUCGUUAUUUGGUAGGCUGAAAUUUUGGUGAAGCGAUCGAUGUAGCUACAGUAGGUGGUCAAAGAUUUAUCGCAGGAGCAUCUCAGUCCUGC